CGCUCGCCUCCGUCGCCCCUGCUCUUCCGCGAACUACCGACGCUUUCUCCACUCCGGAUCAAGCUCAAGAUCUGGCUCGAUAAGACUGUCAACUGCUCCAAGCGAGCGCAGGCCGAUCAAGUUGCCGACAGCUGAUGUAAGAAAGGACACGUUUGUCAAGCAGCGUGUCAAGCAGCUCCUACAAGAGAUGAACAGCAAGUUCACAAGCUUUUCAAUGUCCCCCUCGCUAUCUUUCUGCAAUUUAAUUCCUUAGUCUCGCUGAAAACUAGCACCAUCUGUUUCUUUCAAGAUGCCUAGCAACUCUCGACAACACAACAUUGCUGUCAUUCCCGGCGAUGGCAUCGGAAUAGAAGUUACAGCAUCCACUUUGAAGGUCCUUAGGGCUGUCCAGAAGAAAGUAGGAGGCUUCGAGCUCUCUUUUGAUGAACUCGAUUAUGGAAGCGCCCGAUAUAAGGCUCAGGGCUCCUAUACCCCCGCGGGAUGGCUUGACCACCUUCGAAAGUCUGAUGCCAUCUUCUUUGGUGCGGUCGGUGAUCCAGACGUUCCGGAUCACAUCUCUCUAUGGGAGCUUAUCUUGCCCAUGCGGCAGACUUUCCAACAAUACGUCAAUAUCCGACCAUCCUCUAUACUCCCCGGUAUCCCUUCACGUAUAGUAGGCACUAAGCCUGGGGAUCUCGAUUGGAUUAUUGUCCGUGAGAACACCGAGGGUGAAUAUGCGGGACAAGGAGGUAGAACGCACGUCGGUACGGAAUGGGAAGUGGCGACCGAGUUGGCAGUGUUCACCAGGAAAGGUGUCGAAAGAGUUAUGCGUUUCGCUUUCGAGACUGCUCAAAGUCGACCGAAGAAGUUUUUGACGGUAGUUUCCAAGAGCAAUGCCCAACGUUAUGGAUUGCUUUUGUGGGACGAGGUUGCGGAAAUUGUGUCAAAGGACUUCCCAGACGUCAAAUGGGAUAAGAUGCUGGUCGACGCCAUGACUGUAAGGAUGGUUGCCAAGCCCACCAGUCUCGAUACUAUAGUUACUACAAACUUGCACGGAGACAUCUUGUCUGACCUGGCUGCCGGACUUUCUGGAUCUAUCGGUAUUGCCCAUUCUGCCUCUCUUGAUCCCACUCGCACUUCACCUUCUCUGUUCGAACCUGUUCACGGUGCUGCAUUCGAUAUCAUGGGAAAGGAUCUCGCCAAUCCCAUUGCUGCAAUCAUGUCCGCUGCUGAAAUGCUGAGAUGGUUGGGAGAAAAUGAGGCGGCAGACUUGGUAGAAAAGGCGUGUAAGCAGAGCAUCGCGGAUGGCCAGACAACAGGUGAUUUGGGAGGGAAAUUGAAGACAAGUCAGGUUACAGAGGCCGUUUGUAAGAUUCUGGAGACCCUCUAAAC